AUGCCUCUUUCGCUUGAGUUUUUCAUGAAUUUGAUGUCUGAUAAUUCUGAAAGAGAAAGUCAAAGCUCCCCAAGUCCCCAUACCUUCAGUGGGGAAGAGUUUGAGAGUGGUAGCCACAAUGAAGACUUGGGUACUGAUGGGGAAAGUACUGGGCUUGAACGUGUGGUGGAAGGGCUGAUAGUGGAGGGAAGUAGGGUUGGGGGAGAAGAGCAGUCAAGGAGUUUUGGGGGGGAAGCCUAUAGGGAAAUGCAAAGGAACUAUGUGACCCUAGAAGCUUGUGCAAACCAGGUGUUGGGGAUAACCCAGGCACCAGAGGCAAGUGCAAGUGGGCGAGCGGGGCCAUCGGGGUGUGGUACUGUGGUAGUAGCAUCCGCUGAUGUGGGCAUUCCAAUAGGGGUUCCACUACCGAAGAAAAAUAUGAUGAGUCUGUAUGAUUUAGAGUCGCUGAAGGUAGAUUACACUAUACCUGAGUGUGUGGGGCUAAGGUUGCCCAUACCUGCUGAAGCGGCAAGAUACCCUCCCGAGGGUUGUGUUAUGGUGUUCUCAGCCAUGUACAAACAUGGAUUGAGGUUACCAUUGCAUCCUUGGGUCAACUGUCGAAAGGCGAAGGAGAGAGGAUACUUUAUAGAGCAACCACCAUCGUCGCAGAAAACGUGGCGAAAUCGGUGGUUCUUUGCCUUCGGUGAUUGGGAGUGCUGGCCUGGGACGAUUGUCAGCAAACAUGUGCCCACCCAAUUUCAAUCUAUAGGUUCUGUGAAGUGUAGCCCAGUGUCCAGGGAGGAAGAGGAAGAGAUAGAGCUAGUGAGGGGACAGUCGGGGUUGCUUCAAGGAAUGGCUGAGGUGCCGAAGAAGGUGGUGACCGUGGCUGAGGUGUCGAAGAAGGUGGUGACCGUGGUUGAGGAUUCACCGAAGGUAGUGGUGGAUCCGGAGGAGAGGCAACGAAAGUUGCGAGAGAGAAGAGAGAAAGAUAGGGCCAAUAGGGCCAAGAAGCAGGCAAAGGGUGCGCCCAGCACAGCCGAGGGACAGCAGCCCGGGCUGCUGAAAAGCUGCCUCAGCAGGAGGAUGAUGAGCUGUUGGCAGAGCUGGAGAAGAAGCGGAGGGGGCUUGAGUCUUUGA